GUUCCAGGUGUUUGGAGGGACCGCCUGUGCAGGGUCAGCCCACGGCGGAGGAGCGCUGGGAAAGAUAGCUGCUGUAUGUCUGCUCCACAGUAACGCGAUCUCCCUGUUGCUGCAUCUUUUUACUGUCAACGGGCUUGGGGCACCUCUCGUCCUGUUAGUCACUGUGCAUCGGACAUUGAGUUUCAGCUUUGUGCAACAUGGCUGGUGGUGUUCUGCUGACUUGUACUUUAUUGCUCAGAAUCGCAGUCACUCUAAGCCACCAGGAAGAACCGCCCCCUAAAAAAAUAGCUGUAGUUGGUGCAGGAAUUGGAGGAUCAUCAGCUGCCUAUUUCCUUAGACGGGAAUUUGGUCCUAAUGUUAAAAUUGAUGUCUACGAGAAGGGCACUAUUGGAGGUCGACUAGCAACAGUAACUGUAAAUGGUCAGCAAUAUGAGAUUGGCGGCUCAGUCAUUCACCCACUCAACCUUCACAUGCAAGACUUUGUUAAACAUUUAGGGCUGAAGCACAGAAAAGGUGUUCCAGAGAAAGUGGCACUCUUCAAUGGGGAAGAGUUUGUGUUCGAAGAAACUGAUUGGUACCUCCAGGAUCUGUUUAAAAUGUGGUGGCGAUACGGCUUUGGUUUACUACGUCUGCAGAUGUGGGUGGAAGAGAUACUGGAGAAGUUCAUGAGGAUCUACAAGUACCAGGCCCAUGGCUAUGCCUUCAGCACAAUGGAAGAAAUGCUGCAGUCAUUGGGUGGGGACCGUUUCGUUAACAUGACACGGCGACCUGUGGCAGAGACUCUGCAAGAAUUAGGAAUCUCACAGCGCUUCAUUGAUGAAGUAGUCACGGCUAUUAUGAGAGCAAACUACGGUCAGUCAGUAACCAUUCCUGCAUUUGUUGGAGCAGUAUCUAUAGCAGGGGUCCAAGCUGGCCUUUGGGCAGUGGAAGGAGGGAAUAAACUGGUUUGUUCCCAGUUACUUGAGUCAGUAAAAGUCAAUGUUGUCCACACCACAGUGACUUCAAUUUCUCUGCACUCAUCAGGAGAUAAAUCCCUUUACCAAGUGAAGUAUGAAAAUGAAAAUGAAGGCGGCUAUGAUUUCUAUGACAUUGUGGUGAUUGCAACGCCUUUACACCAGGAAACUUCGAAUAUCAGCUUUAGUGGUAUGACACCACCAGUAACAGAUUUUCCUGGUCACUAUCAACAUAUGAUUGUUUCUAUAGUGCAUGGUUACCUCAAUUCGUCAUAUUUUGGCUUUCCGGAUCCUAAGCUCUUUCCAUUUGCAGCAAUUGUAACAACUGACAGCCCAAAGCUUUUCAUGUUUAGUACAGGCUGUAUUUGCCCAGUGAAUAUCACCAGUAAUUAUAGAAGAAAGCAACCACAAGAAGCUGCUGUAUGGAAGGUUUUCUCUCCAUCGCCCCUAACCAAAGAACAAUUGAAGACACUCUUUCUUUCAUACUACUCUGUGCAAGUCACUGAUUGGCUGGCAUAUCCUCAAUACACCUCGAUGAAAGGAAUCCCUCCUGUAAUUCUGCAUGAUAACCUGUAUUAUUUGAAUGGCGUAGAAUGGAUAGCAAGUAGCAUGGAAAUGGGUGCCAUUGCUGCCAAAAAUAUAGCUUUGUUGGGGUAUAAUCGGUGGCAUCAACAACUGGAUAAGAUUGAUCAGAAAGACUUGGUGCAUAAAAUCAAAACUGAACUGUGAGGAAGGGCACAGUCAAAUUUGAUGAAUAAACACAUUGUAUACUGUACUUGAAUUUGAACUUGCAAUGCCACUGCUGAAUCUUUCAGUGUUUUAAACUGAUUGUUAAGAAAUUGAAUUAAAAAGACCUUGUUGCUGAUUGCUAACCUGUCACAGUUAACUAUUUCAAAGUUGUGAAAUAGCCAAUUUUUUUUCCAGUCACUGACUCAGCUGCUGUUUAGUGAUCUCAGCAAGGGAGGUCAGAGACUAAAUUUAGUAUUUUAAGAAAGAUAGAAAGUAUUUUAGAUUUAUCUAUAUCUAUUUGGAGUAUUGUUAAAGCAGAAAAUGCUGGAAAUUCCUAACACAUUAGGCAGCAGCAGUGGGGAGAGAUAAGUUGACUUACUUUAAAUAUUCUUUGAAGGAGUGUAGCACAGCACAGCCUGCAUUUUUUGCCCAUUAGUAAUUGCUCUAGAAAAAUUGGUAGUCAGCUGGACAGAGUAACACGACUUCAAACCCAGUGACAGUGAAGGAAAGGUAAUACAAUUCCAAGUCAGGAUGGUGUGUGACCUGGGGAACUUGCAGGCAGUUGUGUUCCCAUUAUCUGCUGUUCUUGUCAUUCUAGGCAGAAGAAAUUGCAGAGUUGAAAGGUCCUGGCAAAGGAGCAGUGCUAAGUUGCUGCUGUCCACCUUGUAUAUGUUGUGUACUGCUGCCAUUGUGCGUCAGUGAUGGAGGGAGUGAAUGUUGAAUUGAUAAAUAGGUUGCUGAUGAAGCAAUUUAUUUUAUCCAGAGUUGUGUCAAGCUAUUUGAGUGCUGCACUCAUCCAGGCAAGUAGAGAACAUUCCAUCACACUCCUGGCUUGUGCCUUGUUGGUGGAGUGGGAGCAUCUGAAAGUAAGUUAUUAGCCUCAGAAUACCUAUCCUCUGCAAAGACCUCUCAUUGCCGAUGCUGACUAGUCUGUUGAGUAUGUCCGAAAUUUCUGUUUUGUUUCAGUUUUCCUGCGUCAACUUUCCAGAUUGUUGCUUUUUGAUUCAUGAAUACCUCAGAUAUUUCAAAUAUCCUAUUACCUUGAAUUGAAUUUGUUACUGUUCUUAGUCCGUGUGGAAAUGAUUAUGGAAACUUCUCAUUCAAACUAUUAAGAGGCAACAGUGUAUACUGAUUUAUGGAUAAUUAACAAAAGAAGCAGCAGCAACAAGAGAAAAUGCUUUUUUGUUGCAGUCAGUGAUUUAGGUUCUGGAAUGCACUACCUGAGAGUGUACUGGAGAUAGAUAGAUAGAUUUUGUUUAAGGUCUGCAAAAGAGAAUCUCAUAAUUAACAAAGUGAACAAAUUUACAGGGGUCUAGGAAACUGAUAGGGAAAUGAACUAACAGAGUUGCUCUUGAAGAGAGCUAUGACAGACAUGCCUGGCCUUCUGUGAUGUAACCAUUCAAUACUUUGUAACCUUAGUGUGCUAUGUAGAAUGGCAAGACAGAGGCUCUAUCCCAGGAAUUCCCUCUCUUCACCUCAGCUAUACCGUUUUAACUCCCCACUGUGACUUAAUCCCUAUGAUUUCCCCAACAUACACACAUCACUACAAAUUUAAUAAAACAGUGUGGAGGUAAAGUACAUCUUUGAAGGGGACCCUAUUUUACCUUGGUCUUCUGGGGCAUUGGAAAAUAGAGAUAGAUCAGCUGAUGCGAAAUAUGGUUGUGAACUGAACCUUAAAUGAGGAGAACAAUUACUAGCAAAAACAGAUAGACAGUAUUGUCUGCAGUGCUCAUCUCGUCCCAUAUUGAGAAGGCACAUGAGAAAAUGCCAAAAUUAUUUUCACUUGGGCACUUUAUCAAUGUGAAGAUGCUGACCAGUACAUUUUAUUUCAAAAUAGUCAAUCUGUUCUUCCCAUCAGUUUACUGUGGAGAUAAAAAUCGUGAGAGGUUUUUAACUCCGUUGCAUUAUUUUGCAUUAUCAUGCCUUCUGUGUGUAUUACUUUGCACAGUGUUUCUUCAACUCAAGUUUCAGGUAGUAGUUGCAACAUCACAGUUUAAAAUUAGAAAGAAGUCUGUAAAAUGUGGAAAAAGCGCAAUUUGUGACUCUACAAUAAUAGUAAUUUAGUUGUUAUUCUCAAUUGCUUAAUCAUGCAAAUGAUGUUUUAUCAGUGCUGAUUAGCUGAUAUAUUUCCGCACAAUGUAAAUAAACUUCAGCUUGAAUAACCAUUGUGGGAAUGGGGAUGCAUUAUUUAAAUGUGGACAGCACAUGAGAGAGGAUGUUAAACAUAACCAAUAGAUUUGUUUCUGAAAAGUUCUGCAUCAUGAUGUUUGGUGUGAUCAUGAGCCAUCGAGUGGUCACUGGAAGGUUUUCUUUUUCUGGACGAUCUGGGUUGGAGAAAAUCUUCUAAGUUCUGCUCAAAGCCAGGUCCAACAUACAGCAUUCCUGUUGGAACUAAAUGUUUCAAUAUGGCGCCACUGCAUCAUCUGACGUGACUUAUGCACCAACGGCCAUUUAGCUUUCGUGAUGAUACCUAUGCAUAAACAAGACACCAGAGGAUUCAUAUUGUGUGUGGGAUAAUUCCUCACUGUUGUGAAAGAAGGGGAACAAAAAAUUCCUUACUAAAAAUUACAUAGUAAAUUUGAAGGGUUUUUCAGGAGUAAAGUGAGCAGAGAAAUUGCGCAUCGAUCUCUGCAUCCCCAGAAAGUGAAUUAAAAAAGUAAAUAUUUUACACACUGACUACUGUUACUACAGAAAUUAGUAACCUCUACAUUAGGCUUUAAAAAGACUUUUUGAUGAGUAAAUGGAUAAGAUUUCACCUUGAAAGCACUUUAUGAUUUACUAACCAGUAUGGUCAUACAUUGAUUUUACAUCAAAUGUAUGUGUACAUUUAUACAAAUACUCUGGGAAUCUUGAUAGUACAACUUGUUAUUAUAUUUUUUCUGAUCUUACGCAAUUGAUGAUUGAGAAGACACAAUGUGCCAUUCUGGAUUGGUGUAUUUACAUAUUACCUAAACACUGGUGCACUGUUCAUAAAAGUGCUAAUAUGGUUUAGUAAAGUAAAACCAAUGCUGAAAAUAAUGUAUUUGUAUAGUGGAAGGAUAGCUAAUGUUGGAAAAAGACCUUCAUGUUGUAAUUUGUGUUUUAGUAAAAAUUCUUUAAGAGUGACAAAA